CCCGCCCCCGCCGCGAGGGGGCCUAGGGGCCCCGGGGCCUGGAGGCGUCGCACGCCGGCGCGUAUCCGGGGCCCGCGGGAGCCGGGGACGGAGGACGGGGACAGAGCCGCGGCCGUGGCGGGACGCGGCGCCUGCGAGAGCGGCUGGAAGGGCGGGGACCCCGGGCCGUUAGCGCGUCCACACAGUGCCCGGCGCAGCGCGACGCGGACGCCUCGGCCAGUUACCCAGGUGUAGACGCUGCCUCUGCCCAAGGAAGACGUGAUGACCCUUCAGAAGGGUCCUCUUGAAAAGGAUCUCCCGGUCUGCUGCUUGUUUUUAACUUUAGCGAUCCCUGUUUGCGAGGAGACCAGAAAGCUGCAAAAGAAAACCGGGAACAUCUGGCACUUGUCACUUUCUGAGUCCAGGCUUCUUUGGAGCUGUUAGUGACACAGCUGAGUUUUUGAAGAACUCUUUUACUGCCUUGAUGAGGAAAUAUGCUUAUUGAGCUUUCACUCUGUUGGCCAAAGAUAACACUGCAGUCGCACUGGUAACGCUAAGGAGGUGCACGAUUUUUUUUUUUAAUAAUUAAAUUUAUUGGUGCACGAUUUUUUUAAAUGAUUAAAUUUAUUGGUGCACGAUUUUUUUUUUUUUAACACACCUGACUCCAGGCUGACUGUUAAUAUUGAACUGAUAAGCAAAUGAGACUUGGAGCCACGUCUUCUUAAAGCAGGAUAUUAAUUUUACUUAAUGUCCCAGGGAGAAAUCCUGGAUUAAAAACUAAAAGGUCUCUCUUAAAUCAGUUGGAUUUGACCAAUAUAACGUGUAGGUCUCACACACACGUUUUUAUGUACUUUUUCCUGUAACUGAAGCUCGUCUCCCUGGUCUCACUCAAUUUAUUGAAAUGCUAAUAAGAGACCCCUGCAGGUUGCCCACAUUUCCCCCAAAUGCCUUGUUUUUCCUAAAACGACUCCCUGGAGAAACCAGAAGUUCCUGAAUAAGCAGACUGCCUGGGUAGAGAGCAUUUGUGUUUCAAAAGCUGAGUUUGCAAAGGACUGAGAACCGGACACUUGGUCCAUGGACUUCUGGCCCCACUGUGAGGUGGAACUACUUGUCCUGGCAUCCUGUUUGGAAGGAUUCUGAGGUCAGACACUCUUCAGACUCACUCUGAUGCAGCAUUCCAAGGCUCCACGGGUUUGAAGAAAGAAGCUUACAGGGACGAGGCUCUUCCUGAAGGAUCUGUGUGUGUUGUUCAAAACACAGUCAAAGCCGAGGCCGCCGUGCUGAGUCCCAGGCUGGCAUCCUUAACCUCGGGGACCCGGAAGAAGGAAGGAACACAGCGGUGCGGUGAAGGUCAUGCCAGGGCCAGAGUGUAAAUGGAGCGCUGAAACCGGAGCUCCCUGUGGCACCGACAACAGCUCCGGCUGCCUGGCCCCCGUGUUCGUGUACGGGACGCUGAAGACGGGCCAGCCCAACCACCGGGUCCUGCUGGACGGCGCCCACGGGCGCGCGGCCUUCCGGGGCCGGGCCCGCACGCUGGAGCCCUACCCGCUGGUGAUCGCGGGCGAGCACAACAUCCCGCGGCUGCUGAACCUGCCGGGCCGCGGGCACCUCGUGGCCGGCGAGGUCUACGAAGUGGACGAGCGGAUGCUGCGCUUCCUGGACGAGUUCGAGGACUGCCCUGACAUGUACCAGCGCACCCGCCUGCACGUGGCCCUGGAGGGCGCGCGCGCGCCCCUGGAGUGCUUCGUCUACACCACGGCCACCUACCCACCUGAGUGGGUCCACCUACCGUACCUCGACGACUACGACUCGCAGGGGAAGCACGGGCUCCGCUACCACCCGCGGGAAAACAGAUGAGCCCCGCGGGCGAGGGAGGCCGGGGACCAGCCCCGAGAGGCCGCGCUCGCUAAACGAGGGCGCGAAAACACCCCUGGAAACCGGUACUUGAAACAAAUACUCGAUCUGUCAGGGGUGGGCAGGGGAGAACACCUCUUUUUCAGUGGCAGCCGAUUUCCCAAAUAAUUUGGAGGUACUGAUAGCAAGACUGUUUCCUGAAAUCUGUCUCUAUGCUGCUUUAGAAAAACUCAGGACUUUAAUUCCCCAAAUGACAUUUGAAAACUCAUCCUAUCAUGCUUUUCUGAUUAUGCUGUUUUUUUUUUUUUUUUUUUGCUUUGCUUUAAUCUGAAGAUAACAUUUAAAAUGAAUAUCAAGUCUGUGUGUGACAGCUAGAUUUUAACAGCCCCACUGUAUUGAUUCUGACCUGUAGCACUGAGAAAAGAAAAACUUUUAAAGCUGAUUUUAGACAUAUCAAUGUAAUAAAAUAACCUCAAGAAACA